ACGGCCGCCAACGGCCGCCGACGGGCACCGCCGGCCUCGGCCCCGCUGUCUUCCCCUGCCAUGGAGCUGUCGGCUAUCGGGGAGCAGGUGUUCGCGGUGGAGAGCAUCCGCAAGAAGCGUGUGCGGAAGGGUAAAGUAGAAUACCUGGUGAAGUGGAAAGGAUGGCCCCCAAAAUACAGCACAUGGGAGCCAGAAGAUCAUAUCUUGGACCCUCGCCUGGUAGUGGCUUACGAAGAAAAGGAAGAGAGAGACCGUGCUUCAGGGUACAGAAAAAGAGGUCCCAAACCAAAGCGCCUCCUAUUGCAGCGGCUGUAUGGCAUGGACUUGAGGAGUGCCCACAAGGGAAAGGAAAAGCUCUGUUUCUCUCUUGCACGGAGGUUUGGAGGAGGAGACAGUAGCCUGCCAGGGGCCAAGACAGGGCAGGCAGAGUUCUCUGAGAAGACUGGGGGAACAGUCCUGCCAUUCUCUCUCCGGAAGCAACGCAAAAACCAGAAGUACUUGCGAUUGUCAAGGAAGAAGUUCCCCCGCAUGGCAAGCCUGGAGAACCGCAGCUGCAGGCAUGAGUUCUUCUUGAAUGACGCAGUAGACCUGGAGACCCAGCAAAGCCCUGAGGACUGGGAGGCUGUGCAACACACCGGCAAAGAAGCAGAUGUGGAUGGCAAUCUCCCUUGGAUUCCCACUGUGCCCCCCAGCGAAGUGACAGUGACAGACAUCACGGCAAACUCCAUUACCGUCACUUUCAGAGAAGCACAAGUGGCUGAGGGCUUCUUCCGAGACCGGACACUGAGAGACGAUGGAUCCUACCUGUGUAGAUCACUCCAGCCUCUUAAGACUUUCUCUCCAGUGCUGUUUUCCCUGGGGCCUGCUGUCAGGACUUCAGAACCGUAUUUGCCUGUCUGUGUCGCUCCUGUUGGUAUAAACAUGCAGCGUGGUUGGAAAAAGAAUGAAAAAAGGCCCGUGCGUGAGAACGACCAGUAAAAAAAAAAAAGGUUUGUGAAGUACAGAGCG